AACGGAAACUGCUGUUAUCGCUUUAAUAUAGAUGAUCAAAUUUCGCAGACAUCACGGCAUUCUAGAUGGUUUAGGAAUGAUGAGAAUUUUCAGUGAUAACGCAAGAUUUAGGCUCAAAAACUCUGUUCUACUUGCUGCGAUUGUUUAUCGAUUACAUGCUUGUUUCGUUGAUUUUACUAGCAAUCGUUAACAACGAAAUGGGAAUGGCUAUUGUCUUAGAGAUUGUCCAAGUAUUUUAGCUAUUCUUUCGAUGCUAAUCAAGUUUUUAUGCGGCAGCUAUUUUGAGCAUGUUUGAUGACAAUUCAACACAUUCGAAGUGAUGUGUUGAAAUUUUUACGUUUGUUGACACAAGGUGAACUGGGACUCGUUAUCGUUUUGGUUUCAAGAAUAUAAUAGUGGUUGUACAAGGUGGCAAAGCAGACAGCUCUGGCAACAUUCAUGUUGGUGAUGAAAUACUUGCUGUAAAUGGGUUGGAAUUUGAGAAUGAACAACAGGCAACAAAGUAUGUUAAGGAUGCAAAGAAAGAACUAAUUCUCAAGGUUAAAAGAGGGCAGGACAAAAGAAGAAUGAAUAUCAGGCUUGCUGAUAACUAUUUUGCCAAAGCACUAGAGUCGCCACUUCAAAAGGAGGUGUACACUCACCAUAAUACUGAAAUGGUUUCGAAUAACAAGAGAUCUAGCAAAGAAUAUGAAAAAGAUCUCAGCUACAGUUUUGGAAGCAACACUGUUAAUGCAGUAAUAGAUUACCCAAGUGGUCAGUCUAGGAACUCACAAAUAAAUGUCACAAGACUAACAAGGUCUACAGCUGAUUUGUCAGAAUACACUCAACCCAAAGACAUGUUCUUUAAAGAUAAUGUAUCAAGUUCUCCUCCUUGGAAGAACCAGAAUAAUCCUCCAGGAAGUCCUGACAAAGUACAACGUGUACGAAUAGUGAGCACGAAUCUCAGUCCAGGACAUUAUAAAUAUUCUUCAGAAAAUGAUAAUUCAUCGCCCUCUGCCUCAUUUGACGAUGGUCCUAGACACUCAGAUGGUAGUCGCUCAUCUACGCCGAGUGGUUAUAACACGAGUGCACACAAAUCAUUCAACUCGAGUGCAAUGGAAGAUCUUAAUCGGACAUGGCCCUCUGUAGCCAUUUCUGAUGUCUCAUCGAAAGACUCUCAUUUGGUAUCGCCUGGAUCAGCAUUUUCUGUUUCAGCUGCAAAAUCUCAUUUUGAGCAGAUGUCUAAAACUAGGAGUGAUGAACAACGACAAGUAAUUGAUAGACCUUAUAGCUCAUCGUCAUCUUUGGCGCCAAAACCGCCAUCAAGAACAAGCUCUUUCCGCUCCCGUCUCUCUUCUUCCUCCAGUGUUUUCACAGAUUCUCCGGAAAAGACACAAACUUCCAACGGUGCCAGGCAAAACAGCUUCUCGUACGGCAGUAGUACGCAGAAUACUGUACAUACACCCACACGUAAGGCAAGCAGUGCAGAUGAUCUGGAUAAACCGCAGCCUCCUAAACGUUAUAGCCAGUCAUCAGUCUUAAGUUCCUUCCGCAGUAAUAAAAAACCUGGCCAUAUUGCCAAAGCAAGUACCCCUUCCCAUGUGUAUGAUCAAGGAGAGAAUGAUCUCUAUCAUCAUGCUAGAACACAGAGUGAGCCGUCAUCCAAGAUUAUUGCAACUCGUCUUUCUUCAAAAUCCUGGGUGAAGAACGAAGGAGAAGAUAGCAAUCAUGAAGAACGAAAUGAGCGGUUACCAAGGUCGUCAUCAUUCUCCCGCGCCCAUGUUAUUGAAACAAGUAGCGUUCAAACCGUGCGUCCUGAGACCAGGUUAUCCCGUCGUAGCGAUGAUGCCACUGUUAAGACUGUAGUGCAAAGGGACGAUACAAAAGCUCCUGUGUAUCCAGCAAAACCUGACGUGAUGUCUCGUAGUCCAGGCCAAACUGGAGUCAUUCAGGCUUUAAGAACUGGUGAAAUCGCUUCGGAUUGUGGCGACACUCGAAUGAAAACAUCUCCGAAACAAGAUGGACAGAACAAUGAUAGAUGGAAUAAACAAGGUGAUGGUAAAAAAGAUCAAUACAUGGCUGAGCAUCCUAAACCAGAUACUUACUCAUCUAAAGCCGAAGUGCAUUCAAAAUCAGAUAUUUAUAAGCCUAAGCCUAUAGUACAACCAAAAUCAAUCCUCAAACGUGAAACGUCGAAACAUGAAACAAAAAGAGAUGAACCUAAAGAGUCACCUUUGUUGAAAGAAAACUCCUUGAUGCAAAGAUUGUUACAGGAGUCUCAAGGUCAAGGUGGAUCAAGUGAACGUUCCACAGCAGCUGCCAUUGAAGAGGAAAUAAAUCAACGCACUGGUAAAGCGAGUAUAACCGUCAAGUCAAGUUUCGAAGUCCCAAAGACUGCAACUGUUGAACAGCACCGAAGGUCGGAAAUCGCGUCGAAUGAUCAAAAACUAAAACAAAACACAAAGCUUGAAGAAUUAAGGCAAGAAAGUAAAGAAAGCAAAAUGAACAGCAAACCACUGAAUCAAGAAUAUGAAAUAUCACAAAAUAUGAUUCAACAUUCAACAACGAAUGAUUCCAAAUCAAACGUAGAACACGAUUUAGAUGUAAAGACUAGAAUCAGUCAACCAAUCAAAGACCAAUCAUCAUCACCAAACCUGAUGGAUUCCGUUGAUGACAGUGUCUUCGUUGAACAUACAGUUGAGCAAGGCAGUAUGGUUGCUGGGCAACCUAUUGAAAGUAAUAUUGAUGAUAUUGAUGAUAUUAAGAAUGAAGAAAGUGAUGUUGUUACUCCAUUUUCUGAGUUGAUUGUGAAAGCAGAGAUUCAGGAAGCAGUUCUUGAAAGUUAUCCGUCACAUUUGUCUGAUAACAGUGAUAUUAUUGCAGAAAAUAACAAUCUGGAGACUACUGAGAUCCAAGCUUGCCAAAAAGUGAAGAAACGAGUUGAAACGAAGUAUGCAGACACCUUAUCCCCAACAGAUAUUCCUUUAAAAAGCAUCCACAGUCGUGAAAAUUCUGCAUCUUCUCUCCUUGAAGAAACUUUAGAAUCAGCUAAAAUUAUCGCAAGUAUUUAUUCAGUUGAAGGACCAACACGCAGUCCAGAUGGGGAAGAUUCCUUCUAUACGGCAAGUGAGAUGCGCCGUCAAUCGUUGGCGAAACGUGCUGUACGAAGUAGACCUAAACUUGAUUUGUCUACAUUCACACCACCGCGAGGUCCCGAUCAAUCAUUGACGAAGAGCGUGCCUGCUGUUCAAAAUGAAGGAGAUGAUGACAGUGCUGGAAACAGGUCCACAGGAUCACUCUCAUCUAGUGGAAGUCGUCCAGAUAGUGGAAUACUUAGCCCAAAGUUGGAGGCUCUUGAAGAGCAGAAGGAAAUCCUCAUUUCAAGUAUGAAGAAAAAAGUUGAGUUGUUACAAGAACAGGAAAGCGAAAUACAGGAAGAAAUGAAGCAAAAUGAUAAUUUGGGAAAACAAGUGGCAGAGGAAGUGAAAAGUAGCACAAGUGGAACGGAAUACUCCAAAUUUGAACUAUUUGUGGGCGAGUUAAACAACAUUAUUGGUUUACUGUUGUCAUUAACUCAACGCAUGCAUCGCUAUGAAAUAUUAUUACAGGACAUAGAUCUGGCUGAUGAAAAUGGACGCGAUAAAAGAGAUGUUUUACUUCAGAGAAUUGACGGGGUUAAAGAGCAGUAUGAAGAAGCAUGUAGACUUAAGGAAGUCAAUGAUAAACGAGGAGAAACUGUGUCAAAAAUUGUUGAAGAUUAUUGUUCUGACGAAAAGUUCGCCGAUUUUCAACAUUUUGUAGAUAUGAAGACCCAGCUAGCUCUCACUCGAGCUGAAAUACGUGAUAAAAUCAAACUUGGUGAAGAGAAAUUGAAUGCUUUAACCUCAGCGCAUAUUGACUGGUCUACACUUGAUCUUAGUAUGAAAUAGCUAACAAGUUUAUAACAGUUCUUUUUAAUUCGCGUGUGUCGUUGUGUGGCGAAAAAUUAUUCUAACUUUUAAAGUUUUUAGAUGAGAGUGUGCUGUUUAAGAAAACGUGUGUGACCUUGGGACGAUAGUUCUUAGAGUCGGCUCCUUAGUUGGGAUGAUGAGGGUUGAAACAAUGCGAACAUAUAAUUUUAUUUCAACAUGCGGGCGAAACCUGCAUCAGGAAAACUGUAAUGCUGAUUCUUCGCACUGUUCUACCCACUUUUAUGUAAAAGUAUUGAACUUCAAAGUAUAAAGUCGAUGGCCUCAGUCUGUAAAAGUAGGAUGUUUACCAAGUUGUAUAGUUUCGUAUUUACAGUGCUUUGUAGAAAUUAACCUUUUAAUUGCUAGUGACUUCUAUACUUAGGAAUGUGAUUUUUUUAAAAAAUUGGUAACUUCAUUAAUUAGUGCAUGUAUUGUAAAUUAUAAAGAAUGAGAUUUUUAUGAAUAGUAAGAUACAAAUAAG